GUUAGUGUGUGUUGUAUCUGAGUUUCAACCUCUCAGUGGGUCCUCUCUAAUGCAGACAGCUAUUGCUGAUUACUGCUUUUGUCCCCACUCUCCCACACACUUAGCAGCUCAUUCAUGGCGCCUCAACUCUCUCUCUCACCUCUCUCUUUCUCUCUCUACAUCUAUUGUGUUCUUUCUUUGAUGGUCAAGUCUAUUACUUUGUAACCACUCUAUCCUCUUUAUGUGUUGUUGUUUCACCGUUUUGAUCAAUUUCUUUGGAAAAUAAGUCUUUCUAUUGCAGCAGAGCAGGCAUGAUACAGGGGGUGCUUCACCAUCCCAAUCUCAAUCUUCUCAUUGUGAUUCUGUUGUUUCUUUGCAUCCAUGAAACCUGUUGUAACCCGUUGAAAUAUAUGAAAAGCACUGUAAUAAUGGACAAAAGGGCAGAUGCCCUUUUGCCUGAGUACUCCCCAAGUGCGGCACCUCAGCCCCUUCUUCCUCUUCUUGCACCCUCACCAUUGACACCAUUCACGAAUAGCACUAUCCCAAAGUUAUCAGGACUCUGUACGUUAGACUUUGCUUCUGUUGGAAGUAUGAUGAGCAUGACAGCAACUGAUUGUAUGGCUGUAUUUGCAACAUAUCUUGCUAAUGUAAUCUGUUGUCCACAGUUGGAAGCCACUCUAGUCAUACUUGUUGGUCAAUCCAGCAAAGAUACCAAUAUGCUUGCUUUAAAUGGGACCCAUGCAAAUCACUGUCUCUCUGAUUUUGAGCAAGUUCUGGUGGCUCAGGGUGCCAGUGAUAAUCUGCGGCAGAUAUGCUCAGUACGUCCAUCAAACCUAACUGAAGCUUCCUGCCCAGUAAACGAUGUUAAUGAAUUUGAGAGCACAGCAGAUUCUUCUAAGCUUCUUGCUGCCUGUGGAAAGAUUGAUCUUGUGAAUGAAUGUUGUGAACAAACUUGUCAGAAUGCUAUAUCAGAAGCUGCUAGAAAUCUUGCAUUAAAGGCUUAUGAUCUUCUGACUGUGGAUGGAUCUCAUGCAUUGUCUGACCACUCAACUAGGGUUCACGAUUGUAAAAAUAUUGUACUCAGGUGGCUGGCAAGUAAGCUUGAUCCUUCUCGUGCAAAGGAAGUUCUUAGAGGACUAUCUAAUUGCAAGCUUAAUAAAGUUUGCCCUCUGGUCUUCCCCAACAUGAGCCACGUCAUUAAGGCCUGUGCAAAUGGGAUAAGUAAUGAGACAGCAUGCUGUAAUUCGAUGGAUAGCUAUGUGUCUCGUUUGCAGAACCAGAGCUUCAUAACCAACUUGCAAGCUUUUAAUUGUGCUGCAUCACUUGGAAUGAAACUACAAAAACAAAAUAUUACCACAAAUGUAUAUAACCUUUGUCAUAUUAGCCUCAAGGAUUUUUCUCCCCAAGUUGGAGUUCACGAGUCUGGAUGCCUUUUGCCUAGCUUGCCAUCAGAUGCAACAUUUGACGGAUCUCAAGGGAUUGGCUUUCUUUGUGAUUUGAAUGAUAACAUUCCCGCUCCUUGGCCCUCUCCUUCUCAAUUACGAGCUUCAUCAUGCAAUAAAACUGUCGAAAUUCCAGCACUUCCUGCAGCAGCAUCUGGGCAAAGUGGUCUUUACAAUGAGGAGUUAAUGUUUCUUAUUCUUUUCGGUGCCUCUGUGGUUCUCAUGAUGGUCUUGUAAAUCUUGAUUGAGCCAUUCCCACUCCUUCCGUUGUAGUGAGAAGCUGUUCACUGCCCAGAAUGAUGAUGUCCUUGAAGAACAGAUAUAUCAACUGGAAUUAAAUCAAAUGAGGAUUUUAUUCCUGUGGAGGUUUUACCUGUACAAAAUGCAACAAAGUUGUUUAGGUAGAGAGAAUGUCAGUUGAAGGUGAAUUCAAGUUCGAAUCUCUGAUCAAUUUAAUUUAUCAUUCUUGCAUGUCUGUGUAAUAAAAUUUUUUGUAAAGAAAUUUCACAAAAUGAGCUAGGUUAUGUAAUUAUCACUGCUUGAAAUUGUCAUGUAAAAUUGGAGUUCAUAGAGAGCUGAAUGGUAUUAAUUUCAACUAUAGCAUA